UUCAGCGGAGAUCGUGUGCGGCCUGGAGUUCCUGCACAACUGCGGCAUUGUUCAUCGAGAUCUCAAGCCUGACAACAUCCUGCUGGACCAGGACGGCCAUGUUAAAAUAUCAGACUUCGGCCUGGCAGUUCCUAACGUGUUCGGUGACAAGACCAUCAGUGGCCGGGCAGGAACAUUGUGGUACAUGGCUCCAGAGGUCCUGCAAGGGCAGAGAUACAAUGCUGCAGUGGAUUGGUGGGCACUUGGAAUCAUCAUGUGUCAAAUGGCUUCUGGGGACUCCCCCUUUUAUGAAGGCAACAACAGGGAGAAGGUCAUCAGCUCUAUCAUCAAUGAUGAGCCCAGGAUUCCUCGUUGGCUGAAUGACGAUCUGAAGGAUCUUCUGAGAAAGGUGAAUGUGAGCAGUGGGAUGGAGUAACAUUCACAAAUAUAUAUAUAUACAAUCCCUUGUAAUUGUUGGGGUCAUUAUUGAACUCAGUCUCCAUUGAUUAUUGGGUAUGGAAAAUGGUCUCUGCUUUUAUACAUCAUUGCAAUAUAGUCGAGGGACAUAAUACUGGCAAAGACAUAUUACUGGUCAGCUGCAACAAUAUUAAAUACACAAUUUUAUAUUUUUUGCUUUUUAUUCCCUCAGCUCCUGGAGAAGGAUCCAAAUCAGCGCCUUGGUGCUCAUGGAAAUAUAAAAUACCACCCAUACUUCUCUUCCAUCAACUGGGUGGAGCUGGAAUGGAAAAAAGUACCACCUCCUUUCCAGCUAAGAGCAGUAAGUACAUGAUUGCUGAAUGAUAAUUCAUUAGAAAUAUAGUCCUGGAUUAAUAUCAUUACAUAACCACAUUUUAGCAUAUUCCAUAUCAUCCUGGCUAAAUUGUUGUUUUUCUCUUUUUUUCUGCAGCCUCCAAUGGAGCCUCUCAUGCCAUCUGAGGAAAAUCCUCUGUCCUUCCUGUUGUAGGACCUUCGCUUUGUAUAUAAUUAUUUAAAAGUUUUUUUAUAACACAUUUUCCUUCCUACAGGUACGGGUAAGUAUAGUUAUUAGUUACAGUUAAUAUUUGAAGUGUGUGAAUGUGCGAGUGAAUGUGAGAUAUGAAAGGCCAAGGGUGUAACAAGAGGGCAAGGGGGUCUAACAUUUAACAUUCAGCUUUGCCUUCAUACACAUGUCUGUUGAACCCACACCCUGAUAUUAAUGCUUAUAGUCCAAUCAUCUAUGCCAGGAAAGGUUUUUUCCCCCAGUACAUGGGUUUUUUUUAUCCUCCUGCAGAUGAACUAGAAGUUUAUUAAGAAGAUUCUGAGCAAAGGGUAAACUUCACAGACAUGAGUAAGCCUCACUAUUUUCUUAUGAUAUUAUUUAAUGACUGUUGCUAUAAUAUUAUUAGACCCCCUGAGGAAUGUUACACCCGGAGUGAAUGGACAGUAACAGGGUUGAAGCCUUGACGUGGCGUUACUGCUCACAUGUAUAAUCAUGUGCUAAUUCAACCAAUUAUGUGACAGUGUGAAUAGCAUAGUUGAAUUGUCAGAACUGCAGUCUCUUCGGUCAGAGCAGAAUUUAAUCUUAUACAAAUGGGACUGUAACUGGCGACACUGUAAAUUUCUGACCGAUUUUGAAGUUUGAAUAUGCAUUAAAUUGAUUUAAGUGGAAACAGGAAUACUUGCCAGACAAAAAGUGUGUUGAGGGUAAGGAAUGAAUCAGGUACAUGGCAUGGAAGAUAUUCCAGCAAACCCUUAGGCUGAAAACUUUGAGGUCCUUGAAGGGGUUGUACACUCAAAUGUAACAAUUCACAUUGUAGAAUCAUAUUUAUUUCUAAGCAACUUCACAAUAUGAUUUUGACUUUAUUUUAACAGAAUUGAUAUCAAAAGCUAGACAGAUAGAUAGAACUGAAAUAUAUACAUAAAAAAAUAAAGAUAAAUAGACGCACUAUAUAAACAAAAGGUAAGUGUCUGAUAUCAUAUUAUGAAAAGUACAAUAUUAUUAUGAGGUUGGUCCUCACUUUGUUGACAUAACAGCCUGUAGUCUUCAGGGAAGUAUUUCCAAAUGAUUUUGGAACAAUGUUGGCGGGUUAUAGACUAAAACAUGGAAUAUUAUUUGUGGCAACUUUUAAUAAUAAAUGGGGAUAUUGGGGAAAAGAAAUCCCUGUACAGGACACCUACCUGCAGAUUGUGGUUUGUGGGGAAAAAAAAUAAAUUUUGUCUGUUUUGCCUAUUUUAGGGGCA